AUGAGUAUUGGUUUUUCAUUUCGACAUUUCUCUUCCUUAAUUGUUGUUGUAGUUGUGGUUUUAUUUCCUUUAUGCACGUCAUCCAGUAAUGAUGUGUUAUGCAAGGAUGAUGAGAGACGAGCCCUUCUGGAGUUCAAACACGGACUCAUAGAUGAAGCAGAUCGACUUGCUUCAUGGGUUGGUGAGAAGACCGAUUGCUGCACUUGGACUGGGAUUGUUUGUGACAACUCUACUGGUCAUGUACAAAAGAUUCAUCUUUCUAAUAAUCAUUGUUAUACUGAUGAAUAUAGCACAGCCAAAGAAUACGAAGAAUGCUUCAAUCAAAGACUAAGAGGGAAUUUAAGCCCAUCCCUGCUGCAUCUGAAGCAACUCAAACAUCUAGACUUGAGCAGCAAUAAUUUCGGUGGAAUCCAAAUUCCUAGCUUUAUGGGUUCUUUUAAAAACAUGAGAUAUCUUAACCUGUCGCGCUCUAGAUUUGGUGGAAGUAUCCCCCCUCAACUAGGGAAUCUAUCCGAAUUGCGCAUCCUCUCUCUCGGAAGUUUUCACAAUGCUAUAUUUGAGCGUGAGUUAACUAGCAUGAGUAAUAAUAUGCAUUGGUUGUCAAGCCUCCAUGGGUUGCAUCACCUGGAUAUGAGUGGUGUAGACUUAGGCAAAGUAACUGAUUGGGUUCAGGUGAUUAACACUCUCCCUUCUUUGGUCGAACUACAUCUGUCUCAUAGCAAUCUCUCACAUACACAUGUAGAUAUCUAUCCCAAUGUUGCUAGUCUUAAUCUCACAUCCCUAGUCCACCUCGAUCUUUCAGAUAACUAUUUCAUUAACAGUUCCCUACCACAGUGGAUUUUCAGUAUAACUACUCUAGUUUCACUGGAUCUAAGUUGGUGUGGUUUUCAUCAUUUCUAUAAUCCUAGCAGUAUUGAUCUCUUCAGUAAUUUGACUUCUGCUGAGUUGCUUCACGUCCCAGGUAACCCUUUCAUGAACUCUCGGUUAGUACUGAAAGGGUUGUCUAGAAGUGUAGGUCGUAAUCUGUUUUCGUUAGAUAUUAGAUUUUGUGGCGUUUCUAGUUCAGUUCUUGAUGAUGCCCUUCACAACUUGACUUCCCUUCUUAGCCUUGAUUUGUCAGAAAAUGAACUCACCAAAACAAUCCCCAAGUCAUUGGCUAACCUUUGCAAUUUGAGACAUGUCAAUUUGGGAGGUAACCAUUUUUCUAAUACUAGUUUAACAAGUGUGCUUGAAAGUUUUUUUGAGUGCAAGCUACCAAGUUUGGAGUCAUUAUCUGUUGGGUCCUCUGGACUUUCUGGUCAACUGCCAUAUGAAAUCGGACGACUGACAUAUCUUGUGGAUCUCCAACUUGGAGGAAACGGGUUUGUUGGUAUGAUUCCAGAUUCAAUCGGGCGAUUAUCUAGUCUCAGGUCAUUAAAUCUUCAAAACAAUCUUAUUUCUGGUCCGAUUCCGUACUCAAUUGGAAGAUUAUCAUCACUGGAGAUGUUAGAUCUUUCAGAUAACCAACUGAAUGGCAGCCUUCCUCAUGGACUUGGUCAACUUUCAGAGUUGCUUCUCUUAGCUUUUUCUAACAAUCGGUUGACCGGUUUGGUGACAAAAUCUCACUUUGCAAAACUAGCAAGACUGAAAAUCCUGCUUGGAGCAGGCAACAACUUAACCCUCAGAUCACACCUUGCAAACUGGAUUCCAUCUUUCCGGUUAAGAAUGUUGUCUCUAAGUUGUUGGGAUCUAGGGCCUCAAUUUCCAUCAUGGCUUCAAGUGUACAUGGAUUUAGUAUAUGUGGAUAUAAGCAACGCUAGGAUUUCAUCAACCAUGCCUGAUUCAUUUUUGAGAUCAUUACCCAAUCUACUCUUUCUGGAUAUGUCACAAAAUCAUAUCCAAGGAAUAUUUCCCGCUCGUAUGAUCCCAGCAUCAAUUCAAGUACUCGAUGUGAGUUCUAAUGAGUUUGGCGGGUUGUUACCUCAACUCUCAAAUGGAAAUGCUUCAUCUGCAUUGAUCCUGGAUCUGUCAAAUAACUCUUUUUCAGGGUCCUUACGUCAUUUGUUGUGUCCUAACAAUGAGAAAGUGGUAGCUGUUCUUAAUCUGGCAAAUAAUCGUCUAUCAGAUAUCAUUCCUGAUUGUUGGCUCAAGUGGCCGAGUUUGUCAUUCUUAAACUUGGCAAACAACAAUCUGUCUGGUAGGAUUCCAACAAGUUUGGGGUCUUUAUCUUCACUAGGAUCAUUGAACAUGUGCAACAACAAACUCUCUGGAAGAUUUCAUAUAAAGAACUUGACAAACUUGCAAAUCCUUCAACUUGCUGGGAAUGAACUUGUUGGAACAAUUCCGGCAUGGUUCGGGAGAGAACUUCCCAACUUGAGAAUACUCGACCUCCGAUCAAACAAUUUUAAUGGAGAUAUAACUCAUCAGCUGUGUAAUCUUACCUCAAUUCAGAUUUUGGACCUUGGAGAUAACAAUCUAUCAGGAAAUAUCCCAACAUGCUUUAUAAAUUUUGGUUUUCUAACUGGGAAAGAAGCCAACUCAAAAGAUCAGUUUAAUUUCUCACCAUUUCAAGGUAUGGAUGCUUUGGGUAGUGCUUCAUUGGUGAUAAAGGGACGAGAGGACACAUACAACACGAUUCUUGGAUUAGUGAUGGUUCUGGACCUUUCUAGUAACAACUUCUCCGGGCAAAUCCCCAGUGAGCUAAUGGACCUCAAGGCGUUACGCUCAUUGAAUUUAUCAAGAAAUCAGUUGACAGGAAGAAUCCCAGACAAGAUUGGAGACUUGAAAUUACUUGAAUCCUUCGAUGUAUCUCUCAACUCCCUUUCUGGGGAGCUUCCUUUGAGCUUCUCAACCUUAAGUUUCUUGAGUAACUUCAAUGUGUCCUUCAACAAUCUGACUGGAAGAGUCCCAUCAUCCACACAGCUUCAGGGUUUCAGUGAGUCCAGCUUCUUGGGCAACAAACUUUGUGGAGAUCCACUCACCAAAACUUGUGCAGUUGAAGCACCCGACACAAACCAAGAAGAAGACAAGAAUGGGUCACAUGGAGCAGAUUGGGGAUUGAUUAUUUGCAUAGUUUCUGGAUUGAUUGUUGGUUUUUGGGCUGUGUUGACUCCACUUAUACUCAGCACCACAUGUAGGAUUGCAUAUUUUGGUUUCUUGAAUGAUCUGAGGUACAUGAUUUGUGAUGUUAUUCGUAUCUACUGGUGUACCAUGUUUUGUAAGUAA